GCGCGUACCAUACUUGCACGGCCGGAGCUGCAGCGAUGGCGGCGAGGAGCACGUUGCUGAACCUGUUGACGUUCAUAUUAAUCGGCUUGAUGACGUUGAUGAGGACGACGACCGCGCAUCUAAUAGAAACAAGAGGAGUCGUUGGGCCCGUUCUCCAUGCUGGACACUUGUCGUUCGCUUCAGCAGGUGCCGGCCAUGACACGUCGGCAUCACGAUGGACAUCGCUGAUAAAAAAGCCGACUGUGAAGCAGGCUUCUUCAUCAGUGGAGCUGGAGGAACAGCAGCAGCAACCUCAGCAGGCCGCAGGGGACCCAACUACUAGGCGUCAGGAGCUAGCAGGUUGUGCCGGCAAGUCGUCAGGGGUCGGCCCAGGGAUUCGAACGGUCGUCGAUCGGCGGGAGGAGGCAGGUUGCGAACCGGCGAGUGGCGGUAAACCACCGGCAAUGGCAUUAACGUCGGGCGAUGGACAGAACAGCAGACGGUUGGAGCAAGGGUCAAACGGGGGCAGGGCGUCGGGCUCACCAUCGCUGAAGUCAAGCAUCGUGCGCAGCCGCAGUACGACGCCUGUCUCGGGAGAGGUGUCGUCGGCGGUAAGCGCAGAAGGCAUGCCUUUGUCGUCCUCGGCAUCGGCGGCGGCGAAGGGGUCCUCCGCACGUCUUCGUUCAGCAAGAGGUUCCAGUCGCCGGCUGCUUCAACCAGCAGAGGGUCAACGGGAGACCCCUCAGAUCCUGUUGACCAUGCAGGACCUCUCUCAGGUCGUGCGGCCACUCGGCGUCAGGACGUAUGACGACGAUCACCAGUCAGAGAUCGCUCCCGUGACAAAUGGGGCCAGUCGUCGGGAGCUGCAGCAGUCGACGAACGGGACAUCAAUCACUUCACAACCACCGGCUCCCGCAUCUCAGCCUUCUAUAGGUCCCAGGGCCAACGAGGUGGUGGUGUGGCCCCGGACGGGGGGUCGUAACGCCUCGGGAGUCGCCCUGACGACGGGGACAUCGUUAGAAUCGGCGAUGGCACUGCCAACAGUGCCAGCAGCCCCGGCACGGAUAGUGGUAUGGGUCGCAAUAGAUGGCACGGGCGACUUCCAGUCCGUGCAGGCCGCGGUCGGUGCAGCGGAAGAGGGAUGGACAAUUAGGGUGAGAGCCGGGAUCUACGAGGGGCAAGUCACAGUCAAGGUGCCACGUGUCACUCUCAUCGGGGAGGAUGCAACAAGUACUAUCAUUCGAGACGAUAAAAGCGUUGGGGAAGUCGGCACCCUUCAGGAAUCCGCUACCUUCACUGUGGACGAGGCAGCCAUCGGGUUUGUCGCAAGGUCCAUUACCUUCGACAAUGACCAUGGUCCUAACAAUGGUAAAGGCGAUCAAGCCAUAGCAUUGGCUGUUUACGCUGAUAUGGCGUCUUUCUACGACUGCCAGAUGUUGGGCUGGCAAGACACGCUCUAUGCUCAGGAAGGUAGGCAGUAUUACAAGGACUGUUUGAUUGAAGGCUCCGUGGACUUCGUCUUCGGCGGUGCAGUGGCUCUGUUCGAGAAGUGCACGUACUUUCUUAAAGCACGUCCUGGGGUGAAGGUGGGGUACAUCGCGGCCCACUCACGGGAUAGCGCGUCGGGAAGAGGGGGGUUCGUACUGGUCGGAGGCCUCGUAGACUGCGAUGCCGGUAUGGAGGGCUUUCUGGGUCGCACGUGGGGGUCCCAUGCGAGGACCGUCUACGCCGGCACGUAUAUGGAAGACUGCAUAGAUCCCAAGGGCUGGACCGAAAUGCCCGGGUUCGCGAAGGAGGGGCGGUCUUUUGUGGAGGCCGCUUGCGAGGGCCCCGGUGCCAACAGGCAAGGUAGAGCGUCGUUCUCGGUGGAGAUGACCGCCACGGAGGUCCUGGAAUACCGUGGAGAGAACUUUCUGAGACCUCUCUGAACCCCAAUGCCAGGCGCAACUCUGGCAGGUCUACCCGGGGCUAGGUCCCACUUGCACGAAUUAAGAGAUUUUGACCGUAGAUAGCAAAGAUCAACGGCUUAAAUCUCCUAAUUUGCGCAAGUGGGACCUUGCCCCCGGUGCUUCCUUGGUAGUAUUGGCCAUAGAGCGGCGAUGGGACGCUCAGACCGGAUGGCUGGAACUUGGUGCGUACUCGAAAGCAAGUCUAGGGCCUCAGCACGCCACUCCCCGAAUGUGCGUAGUGUAGCAUCUGUCUCCCGCAAACAAAAUAGAAACAUGCCC